AUGCCCGGCUCCCCCGGCCAGCCCGACGGCGGCGGCGGGGGCGCGCGCGGCGGCGGGGCCGGGGCGGCGGUCGGGGGGGACCCCAGCCCGGGCCCCCCGCUCCCGCCGCCGCCGCCGCCGCCGCCCCCGCCCGAGGGCGCCGAGGAGGCCGCGCCCGCGCCCCGGCCGCCGCCCGAGCCCGACGACGCGGCCGCCGCGCUGCGCCUGGCCCUGGACCGGCUCUCGGGGCUGGGGCUGGGGGCCGCGGGCGACCGGGACGAGGAGGCGGCGGCGGCCGCGGGCGGCGGCGACGGAGCGGGGGCGGCGGCCGGAGGCGCGGACGGUGGGGCCGCGGCGGAGCCCGCGCCCCCCGACGGGCCCGAGGCGGGCGCGCCCGCGGUGGCCGUGGCCCCCGGCCCGCCGCCGCCGCUGGAGCCCGACGUGAGCCCGCCGCCGCCUCGGCCCUCGCCGCCCGACGUGUUCGCGGGCUUCGCGCCCCACCCCGCGGCCCUGGGCCCCCCGACGCUGCUGGCCGAGCAGAUGAGCGUGAUCGGCAGCCGCAAGAAGAGCGUGAACAUGACCGAGUGCGUGCCCGUGCCCAGCUCCGAGCACGUCGCCGAGAUCGUGGGGCGCCAGGGGUGUAAGAUCAAGGCUCUGCGCGCCAAGACGAACACAUACAUCAAGACGCCGGUGCGUGGGGAGGAGCCGGUCUUUAUCGUGACCGGCCGCAAGGAGGACGUGGAGAUGGCCAAGCGCGAGAUCCUGUCGGCCGCCGAGCACUUCUCCGUGAUCCGCGCCACGCGCAGCAAGGCCGGCGGGCUGCCGGGUACGGCGCAGGGCCCGCCCAACCUGCCCGGACAGACCACCAUCCAGGUGCGCGUGCCCUACCGCGUGGUGGGGCUGGUGGUGGGGCCCAAGGGCGCCACCAUCAAGCGCAUCCAGCAGCGGACGCACACGUACAUCGUGACGCCCGGGCGCGACAAGGAGCCGGUGUUCGCCGUGACGGGCAUGCCCGAGAACGUGGACCGGGCGCGCGAGGAGAUCGAGGCCCACAUCACGCUGCGCACGGGCGCCUUCACCGACGCCGGGCCCGACAGCGACUUCCACUCCAACGGCACCGACGUCUGCCUGGACCUGCUCGGGGCGGCCGCGGGCCUCUGGGCCAAGGCCCCCAACCCGGGCCGCCGGCCCCCCGCGCCCGCGGCCGGCCUCCGCGGGGACGCGGCGCUGGGCGCGCCGGGGGGCCCCGAGGCCUUCUACGCCGCGGGCAGCCGCGGGGGCCCGCCCGGGCCGGCGCCGGUGCCCGACGCGGGGCCCCCCAGCCCCUACGGCGCAGCGGGCAACGGCGGCCUCACCUUCGGGGGGGACGGGCCCGGGGCCCCCGCGGGGCCGCCCGCCCCCGAGGACUGCGACUUCGGCUUCGACUUCCUGGCGCUGGACCUGACCGUGCCCGCCGCGGCCACCAUCUGGGCCCCGUUCGAGCGGGCCGCGCCCCUGCCCGCCUUCGGCGGCUGCUCGGCCGCCGACGGGGCCGCCGCGCCGCCCGCCCCGGGUGCCCGGCGCAGCAGCGGGGCCGCCACGCCGCGCCACUCGCCCACGUUGCCCGAGCCCGGCGGCCUGGGCCUGGAGCUGCCGCUGGCCCGCCGCGCCGCGCCCGACCCGCUGGGCGCCCUGCCCUGGCGCCCGCCGCACGGCCCCCUGGCCGCCUUCCCCGCCGCCGCCGCCGCCGCCCGCCCCGCGCCGGACUCGGGCGGCCCGGAGGGCGGCCGCAAGCCCCCGGCCCCCGCCGCCGCCGCCGCCGCCCUGGCGCGGGAGUGCGUGGUGUGCGCCGAGGGCGAGGUGAUGGCCGCGCUGGUGCCCUGCGGCCACAACCUCUUCUGCAUGGACUGCGCCGUGCGCAUCUGCGGCAAGAGCGAGCCCGAGUGCCCGGCCUGCCGCACGCCCGCCACGCAGGCCAUUCAUAUCUUUUCCUAGCCGAGCCCCUCGCCGCGCCCGCGGUCCCUCCCGGGGCCGUGCAUGGGCGCGCGCCGGGCCGGGCGGGGAGGAAGGGGCCGGGCCGGGCCGGGGGGCGGGGGGCCGCGGGCCGCGUGGCCAGUGUUUACAGACGAGCUUUAACUCCGGUCCCAGGCGUGGAGACGGCGGCCCGGCGGCACCUCAGUUCUUAACAAAUGACAGUAUUGAGUCGACAGGUUACAAUAAACCAGAGAGAAAAGGCCUGUUUGCCUACUUGCACUUUUUAUUUAAGACACCUCCCCACCCCAGGGUGAUCUUUUUAAGAAAAGAAAAAAAGAAAAAAACCACGAUUUUUACAACGCUCGGUUGUCCUUCUUUUGUAUGUAGCGGCUAUCGAUUUGACAGUGUUUUUCUCACGGUCUCAACCUCGGCAGAAACUUCCAGAAGGAGGCGGCUCCCUUUUGGGGGCCGACUGGUUACCCUUUAGUAUGGAAGCGGCGCAGGCCGGCGGGGGGCGGGGGGCAAGGGGCGUCCGGAACUUUUUUUUUAAAUUAUCAAUCCUCUUCUACUGUGGUUUCUGUUGACAGUUUUUAAGUUUGGGGUUUUUUAUUUUUAACUUUUACUUUUUACCUCUUGUGUAUAUGUAGGGAAUUUAUAGGGAAAUAUGUACUUUAUGGAAUAAAUUUUAAGAAAACUAAAAUAUAUUUUAUUUUAAAUAAAGUAACGGACCUUUAAUCUUACACAGCUAAAUUACUGAUUAUAUAUAUUUGCUGAGCUGACCCAAGGGUUCAGAAAAUUGUAUCAAGAGUUUUAUUUUUUGACUUCAAAGCCUUCUUAAUAAAGUCUUUUUACUACA